AUGAGGCAGGUAUCUGGAGUGGGGCUCCUCCUGGGGCUGAUGGCUCUCCCAGCGGCGCUGGGACAGAGAAGCUCGGGAAGCUCUAUAAAUAGCAGCCAUCCUGAAAGCUUUGCCAUCGUCUCUUUCAAAUGGGAUCACGUCAAGGACCCUUAUAUCAUUACACUCUGGAUACUUGUGGCCAGCUUGGCCAAAAUUGUUUUCCACUUGUCCCACAAAGUCACUCGGGUGGUUCCAGAGAGUGCUCUGCUGAUUGUUCUUGGUCUCUUCCUUGGUGGCAUUGUAUGGGCAGCAGAUCACAUUGCCUCCUUCACCCUUACACCAACUGUGUUUUUCUUCUAUCUGCUGCCCCCCAUUGUUUUGGAUGCUGGAUAUUUUAUGCCAAAUAGAUUGUUCUUUGGAAAUCUUGGUACCAUCCUUCUGUAUGCUGUCAUUGGGACAGUCUGGAAUGCUGCCACAACUGGUCUAUCUCUCUACGGUGUCUAUCUGACAGGAAUAAUGGGCCGUCUGAAUAUCGGACUGCUGGACUUCCUGCUGUUUGGCAGCUUAAUUGCCGCUGUGGAUCCUGUAGCUGUUCUGGCAGUGUUCGAAGAAGUCCAUGUCAAUGAAGUGUUAUUCAUCAUUGUUUUUGGAGAAUCACUUCUGAAUGAUGCUGUGACUGUGGUGCUGUACAAUGUGUUUGAAACUUUUGUUACAAUAGGUCCAGAGAAUGUGACGGGGAUUGAAUGUGUCAAAGGCAUAGUGUCAUUCUUUGUGGUGAGCUUAGGUGGGACACUGGUCGGCAUUUUCUUUGCAUUCAGGUCAGUCGUUUCUCGUUUCACCAAGCACGUGAGAAUCAUUGAACCUGGAUUUGUGUUUAUCAUUUCCUACCUGUCCUACCUCACAGCAGAGAUGCUUUCUCUUUCUGCUAUCCUUGCAAUAACUUUCUGUGGCAUCUGCUGUCAGAAAUAUGUCAAGGCUAACAUAUCUGAACAAUCUUCUACAACUGUAAGAUAUACCAUGAAAAUGAUGGCCAGUGGAGCAGAAACUAUUAUCUUCAUGUUCCUGGGAAUUUCAGCUGUAAAUCCAGACAUCUGGACUUGGAAUACAGCUUUUAUUCUCUUGACUCUGGUCUUCAUUUCAGUAUACAGAGUUAUUGGUGUAGUUUUACAGACAUGGAUUCUUAACCACUACAGAAUGGUCCAGUUGGAGAUAAUAGACCAGGUGGUGAUGUCAUAUGGUGGACUACGUGGAGCGGUUGCUUUUGCUCUGGUUGUACUUCUGGAUGUCAACAAAGUGCAAGAGAAAAACCUGUUUGUCAGCACAACUAUCAUUGUUGUGUUUUUUACUGUUAUUUUCCAGGGUUUGACUAUCAAACCUUUGGUACAGUGGCUGAAAGUGAAGAAAACUGAACACAGAGAGCCAAAACUGAAUGAGAAACUUCAUGGCAGAGCCUUUGAUCACAUUCUUUCUGCUAUAGAAGACAUUUCUGGACAAAUAGGACAUAAUUACCUGAGAGACAAGUGGUCCAAUUUUGAUAGGAAAUUCCUCAGUAAAGUACUGAUGAGAAGGUCUGCUCAAAAAUCAAGAGACCAGAUCCUUAAUGUUUUCCAUGAACUCAACUUGAAGGAUGCAAUUAGCUAUGUGGCUGAGGGAGAACGUAGGGGUUCCUUGGCAUUUAUACGUUCUCCAAGUACAGACAACAUGGUAAAUGUGGAUUUCAGCACUCCAUGCCCAAGUACUAUGGAAGGCUCUGUCUCUUAUUUACUGAGAGAAAAAGCUGGACCAGUCUGCCUUGACAUGCAAGCGUUAGAGCAGAGGAGGAAAAGUAUCCGUGACACAGAAGACACAGUUGCUCAUCACACCCUACAACAGUACCUGUAUAAACCCAGGCAGGAGCACAAACACCUGUACAGUCGACAUGAGAUCAUGCACAGUGAAGAUGAAAAACAAGACAAGGAGAUUUUCCAUAGAACAAUGAGGAAGCGCUUAGAAUCUUUCAAGAGUACCAAACUAGGAAUAAACCAUGCCAAGAAGCUCAAUAAAAUCCACAAGCGAGACCGGGGCCAAAAAAGGCGAAACAGCAGUGUCAUACCAAAUGGAAAAAUACCUUCAGAACAUCCAGUACAAGAUUUUACUUUAAACGAAAAAGAUUUGGAGUUGUCUGAAUCAGAAGAAAAUAAUGAUUAUGAAACUUUACACCUAGGCAAAGGAGUUGAUUUCCUGGCUAAUGUGACAAAGCAAAAUUUCACAGAUACUCCUACUGGAAUUGAUAACCCAGUAUUUUCAGCUGAUGAUGAUCAAAGUAUCUACAUGAAGUUCUCACCAUGGUUAUCUAGUGAAGAUACUGUGGUACCAUCACAAAGGGCCCGAGUGCAGAUCCCAUAUUCUCCAAACAACUUCAGACGGCUCACUCCAUUCCGACUCAGCAAUAAAUCAAUAGAUUCCUUCCUGUUAGCAGAUGGCCCAGAGGACCGACCCAGAUCUUUUCUCCCAGAAUCUACACAUAUGUAA